AUGGAAGCACUCUUCACGCUUCUUCUGUUCCUGCCCUUCGUCCUCUCCUUCGGCCAUGUCUCUGCUCGCAACAGCUCUGGAUGCCCUGCUCAUUACAACAAUGAGACGCACUGGUGUGCAGAAAAUAGCUCUGGCUCUCACCUUUGCGAGAUCGUGGACGGCAUGUACUAUUCCCUGUGCGGGACUGAUCGAUGCUACAACUACCUCCAAUAUGACUGCAAUGGCAUCACGCUGUCCGAGCCGAAGAAGAGCACCUCUCCCUUCUACCUCUCCGUCUUCGCCCCAGGCAGAGACUACUCAUUCCAGUACAUCCAGGCUGCCGGAGACCAGUUCUGGGUUGGAGGUAACCCAAGCACGUACUGCCCGUUCGAAGACGAGGACCCAGACGCUUGCGCAUACGACAGCAACACCGUUUUCUACUCCAACUCCCUGGCCGUCACCACACCCGGAGGCCAGCGAAUCUUCAUCAAGGAAGACGGCACUUUGGCCUUCACAGUAGCUCACAGCGCAUCGGAACCCGAUGCGGCUUACGACGGGGAGAAUGUUGCGUACAGCCAUGCUGGAUACUUUGGACCAAGCGGCCACCAUUGGGCAGCGUGCAGACCGCGUGGAAGCAGUGGACGCCGCCGCAUUGUUGCCGACCUUCCUGGUGUCGACCUGGACACGGAGGACUGUGAGGGCGUCUUCUUGUACGUCAGUGAUCUUGAGAAGGGUACUGUCGGUGCUUUCGAAUACACUUGA